AUGUCAGAAAGCGUUCUAUACAUCCACCACCAUGCCAUCGGUAGAGACAGCAAAAAAAUCUUCAAAGACACGGCCGUGUCAAAGAAAGAUAUACGAGAAAACAAAAAGAGAACGCAUAACGCGUGUCAACAAUGCCACCACCACGACGGAGAAGAGGGAGUAACUCUGCGGCAAUGUUCACAAUGUAAGGCCGUGUGGUAUUGCUCCAAAGAAGUAAGCACCUGUAACUCCAGCCUCCCUGGUCUAAAAGCCUUUUUUCAAGUGCCAAAAGAGACAUUGGUGACUCUUCGCGUCAAGGUAAAAGUAGACAUACUCAAUGGCUUUUUCGGUUUUGCAAGGCCAGAACACAAAAAACACUGCCAAUUCUCAGAAGGCGAAGGCAUCACGAAAAUUGUUCAAAAUUUCACUGCUAACGACGUGCUGAACGAAUACCUCCAAGCAAUCUUUAUUCAAACGUUUCCUGCCCUGUUGGACUCGCCAACCCAGUGUCUUUCGACUGCAUUCGUCGCGCGCGUCGACAUUGGUUUCGAACCAGUUGAUAUUCCGGACUUUUUCAGAAUUUUCAACCACGAGUUGGAUGCGCCUGACCCUCGAAAGGCUCCUGUCCGGGGAAUGCUCCAGUUGAAUGGGUUUACAGCUCUUUGUUCAACCACUGGGUUUGGCCUCCGGCUGGAAGACCUUGCUCGCACGAGACGUAUGGUGUGGGAGUCGGUACGAGAGGAAGGUGGCGCCGCUGACCCGUCCGAACCGGUGGCUAUCGUCGAAUUGGGAAGAGGCAACUUGGGACAACAGAUAACUUUCGCAUUGCCGAUAUCAAAAGCAGCUUCAUACACCGUGCGCCAGGCGUCGCCCUGGAACGUUCAAUCGGCCAUUACGGGGCGAGUAACGCAAACGUCUUUCAGCAUCGAUAGUUGCCUUGAGUUUAUCAACUCGCACAUUAGAGCAGACAAGCAAAACCGGUUUUCUUUGAGGACCAACCUGCUUCAGCAAGACGUUCAGGUGAUUCAUGACGCGUCCAACAAUGAUCCACCAAGUCGUGGGGCACAACUCCUACGUGCUCGGAUGGCCAAAGAACGAAUAUUCAAACCUGUCGCAAUGCCAGCCAUCGCACGAAAUGGCAAGAUAGUGCCGAUUUCUCCAGCUGGAAGGAUGGCUAUAGACUGA